AGCGGAUAGGCGGAUAUUUCGUUGCCAUAGAUGUCACGACAACAUUCUGAGAACAUGGCCGCUACGCGAACUGGGUGGCGAAUAUAAUUCAGUGUCAGUGCACUAUUUUCCAUUGCUUGUUAGCCAACAAUGGCUAUCAUCUUCACCCCACGACGUGCAUGCGUUUCACAUAUAUGCGUAUAUAUUACCCUGGUAUGUUGCAUGAAGACUGCAGUUGGCAAUCUCGUUUUUCAGCCGGUGUUUGUCGUUGCCUCUGGACCAAGAGUAACUGCCUUCUUGCACGGAAACACCUCUGGUAUCUCUGUGAUUAUCCGGUCCGUUUCACCGUUAAACACAACGGGAAGUCUUCCUUCGCCGUCCUGUGACGAGGACCCGGGACAAUGGAUGCCCACCCUGGAAACAGUGGAAAAGUCCGUGUCGUCCGUGAGGGUGGUGCUGACACUGAACCGCAGUUUGCUGCUUUGUGGCAAUGAGACAGACUGCUGCCUGGAGCCUCUGUGCGUGCAGGAGAUCCUGCAAGUGUCCGCCUGCCGGGGUGGCCGACCCCUGGCGACACUGCGGGUGCAGGUGGAGAUCUACGCCUUGGUUCCUCCCACGGGCCCUGUGUCGGACAAUAAAACUAUCAUUCCUAACCAAGCCUAUCAGCCCCUGGGCCCGUGCCCCUGUGAUUGGACUGCAGGAGGCUGUGAUGCACGCUGCUGCUGUGACCCGGAUUGUUCCCCAGAUGUUCUGCAGCUGUUUGAAACUCGGUGCUUUCCAGGAGUGUUUGGAGGGAACGUGGCUCCCCCUGCUGAUUACCAGUGCUCCGUGCAGUCCUCCAAUAACGCCCCUGAUUGGUUCCCUUUCCUCUGUGUCACGUCCCCUCCUGAAAACAGCCCGUCCCUUGGUCUCUUCUACCAGGGAGAAACGAUCGCGCCCAAACGCAGCGCCUCGUUCCAGGCCCCGGUUCUCGCUGCACCACUGCCCCCUAGUGGCUACCGUCAGGGGGAGCCUCUCAUCACUACCAGUGACCAAUACUUCACCGUUCCUCAGAGAUCCCUGGCUGGCCAGUGUCUGGACCGAGCCCCCGUGGCAUUUCUGCAGAACCUCCAGACCUACUGUGUGACCCCACUCCGGUCCUGCCCGACCGGACCCCCCCUGUUCACCAGCGCCUCUGAGCUGAGUGUCGCCAUCAGGGCUGGACCGGGCGGUGUGGUCACUGUCAGUGUGACGGAGAUGAGAGCUGGUGACCUGAGCCCCUUUGUGUCUGACCCUGUCCAGCUGCAGAGAGAGCCUCCAGAGCCCCUGUCAGCCGACCUGCCGCAGCUGUGUGAAAAUGUGACCGUUGCCCUCGACUACACGUUCUACUGGAGCGGAAAUGGCCUUACCAACGUCACCCUCGUUCAGACGCUGGCGGACGUGUCUUUGGAUCCGAGCGUCUCCUUGACGACCUGGUUCUCCGCAAGGUUCGUGAACGGGGAUGAAACUGCCCAACCCAAUUCCGGCAACCCAGGUUAUCAGACUGGGCUGCCUGUUAUUGGCGGGUCUGUGGUCGCUGCCGCCAAUGACUCAGAAAGCGUCCAGAGGGAGACCCUCAGCCUCUGGGAGCCAGCCGGACGGGGGUUGUGUGGUUCUGCCGGCACGAGGCCGGUUCUGUUCGGGGAGAACGCCACGGCGGGCUGCCUGUUACCUGUGAGCCUGCAGGACCUGGGGCAGUGCGCCCGGCUCAGAGAAACUGUCCAGAACGCUCUGUCUGCGCUGGUGAACUCGACCUACGUUGCCAGAAACGGGAAUCCUGAUUCUUCCAGCCUGGCCGACUGGAUGAACAUUACCUAUUUGCCCCUGAAUGCCAGCGGUCCACCAGCCGCCCCUCCUGGCACCUGUGUGGGUGUGCCUUCUCACCUGAACAUCCGCAUUGGCAGCACCCUGGUGGAGCUGCGGGGAGCUCCGCCCCAGAGGCAGAUCCGAGCCGUGGAGCUCAGUUACGCGGUGACGACAUGGAGGGUUGAGUGUGGAGGAGGAGACCCCGGCCCCUGUCUGAACUCCACGGCGAGCCAGGCCUUCCCCCUCUCGUCCUCUGUCACCUUCAGCGACAUCCCCGCCCAGACCGGCCCGCCCAAAACCAGGUUUCAGAUUAAUUUCACGGAGUAUGACUGUGACAGGAACGAUGUGUGCUGGCCACAGCUGGCCUACCCCCUGACGCGGUACUACACAGGUGAGCCGUACUCGCAGUCUCUCGCUAAAGGCCUGAUCCUCACCUUCUUCUUCAUCGCUGCGUCGCUGCUGGGGUCGCCAUGGAAACAGAUCCGCCAGGCGUGGAGCACCACCACUCUGUGACCCCCCCGCCCCC